UAAAAUUUUUUUCUCAAGUUUCAACAGAUAUUUAUAAGACGACGCCGAAGUGAUUUCAUAGAGAAAUUUUAAUUCAGUGAUACCUUUACGCUUAGUUUAGUGUUAAAACUUGUACUUGUGUUUCAAAUAUGGUUGGAAAAAGUUUGCACAAAGCGAUUACCGUGAUCAGCUUUAUAUUAUUGGCGAUUUUCAUAUAUCCUAUAGUGCUUAUAGUAUCCUCUAUAGUUACCAAUAUUGAAAGUUGCCGACGCAAAAAGGAAAAAUCUAUUAAAAAUGAAGUGGCCGUUGUCACUGGUUCAGCAAGUGGAUUGGGUAAAAAUAUCGCCAUAGAAUUAGCGGCGAGAGGUUGCCAUGUUGCUAUAUGUGAUAUCAAUUACGACUUGGCUGUGACGACAGCUAAAGAAAUCGCCGAGAAAUAUGGCGUCAAAGCAAAAGCUUAUAAGGUGGACGUCAGCAAAUACGAUGAAAUUGUGGAACUCAAUGAAAAGCUAACCAAUGACAUUGGCUUCGCCACUAUACUCGUGAAUAAUGCAGGCUUACUGAUGCAUUCAGAUAGGCUGAAGCCCACAGUGAAGGAAAUUGAAGCGAUGAUUAAUGUUAAUUAUACUUCACAUUUCUGGACAAACCGCGUGUUCAUGGAGAAUAUGAAGCGUGCUAGGAAAGGUUAUCUUAUGGCUAUGUGCUCUAUAGCCGGCCUACAAGCAUUCGCGCAGGCCGAACCGUAUUCCAGCACUAAGUUCGCUGUACGUACCCUAAUGCGAAUAUUGCGGGCCGAACUAAAGAUUGAAGGCUUCAGGUGUAUUCACCUUACUACCGUAUUUCCAUAUUUUAUUCGAACUAACGCUAGGGUUACCCAGUUGGCUGAAGAAGGAGGCUUCACUAAGGUAAUUCCAUUACUAGAAAGUGAAGAAGUCGCACAGAGAGCUGUAUCGGGAAUGUUAUGUGGAGAAGUAGAGGUUAUCAUACCCAGUUUCACUGCCCUCAUCUAUCGUCUCUUAGUACUUUUGCCACAACGAGUUCAAGAUUAUUUGACUGCUGCAAAUGUUAGCACAUCAAACAAUAUUUAAAACCACAAGGACAAUAACAAGCAAAGCAGGCCUAAGUUCGAGGGCAGCUGAAGUCACUAUGCGGUGGCUGAAAUAUUGUGUAUCGUGGACCGAUUCCACUCAUUCUCGGCACUAAACUAAGCUUUGUAUAAGAUAAAGCAAUCACUUAAUUUUGUUAAGAUAUCUUACAUACCUAUCAAUAUAUUAGGCAUAAAGAGGGUAGGAUUAAGUACCGAAUCAAUUAUAUUUAUCUAGACAUUUAGAUACUAAAAAAUUCUGGCGGAGA